AUGGAAUCCAUGGACAUUGACACGUACAAAGAUGAAGAUGAGGACGAAGAAGAGGCUCAUGAUAUUCGUGACAUGAAGAUUGUACAUCAUGAAGAUCUAUCGAACCAAGACGCCUUGGUCCUUCGGGUCUGCGGGAUCCCGUUUCGCACCGUUGCUUUUGUGUGUCUUUUGCUGGUCAUUGUUCUGGUUUUGCUGUCGCUGGUCACAUUGCAAAUCCAAAAGAAUGAUGCAGUAGACAGCCCAGUCCCUGCUGUUGCUAUUACAAGUGCUCCUGGUCCUGUUCCUGAUGCUACCCCUGCUCCUGCCAAUACUGCUCCUGCCACCCCUGAAACCCCUGAAAGCUCAGUCCCAGCUACCCCUGCUCCCGUUCCUGCUACCCCUGUUCCUGCUCCUGUUACCCCUGCUCCUGCCACCCCCUCAGCUUCCUCCCCAGCUGCAUCUGGCGGACCGUCCGUGGAGAUUUUGGGCACACAGUAUGAGAUUGCCACCACCACGGUCAUUCGUGGAGGCAACACGGGCGAAAGCACUUCCAUUCCUACGUAUAUUGGAUUGCUCACGGCGCUGACAGAACUAAAAUUGAAAAUGUCCAUUCCAACACAGCUGGGAUUGCUCACAUCCAUGCGACGCAUUUUCAUCCAAAGCAACCAGUUCACCGGCACCAUUCCAUCCGAGCUGGGAUUACUGACCGAUUUGUCCGAUUUACACUUGGAAAAUGAUAUUUUGACUGGCAGUAUUCCUUCAGAGAUUGGGUCAUUGAGCAACUUGAAAGCGUUGAGCUUGCAGAACAAUACACUCACAAACAACAUCCCCUCGGAAUUUGGAUGGAUGGCACACAUGAAAAUUAUGAAUCUAUUUGACAACCAGUUAUCCGGCAGUGUCCCGCCUGAGAUGGGACUGAUCAAGUCGUUUGAAUCGUUGGAUUUGCACCACAACAAGCUAUCGGGCGCUGUACCCAGUGAUUUGUGUGACAAUAAUCCACGGCUGGCCCACAUUCGAGUCGAUUGCGAUCCAGCUCCCUUUCCUGUGGAAUGCACUUGCGAAAAAUGUCAAUGUGGGUAA